AUGAUAAGCUUUGUCCUCGAUAUGAAUAAAGCUGUCAUAUUAUCAGAAAUCCGAGUGGCUGCUGGAGGCUCACCUGUAACUAUCCCAAUUGACUCUGUUGUGAAAAAGUCUGAUUUCUUUGGUACGGUGUCCGCGUCUUUCGACGCGCAUGAAAUCCCAGCUCGGUGGUACAUAAGUAUACAAUCUGGGCGUAAAGUUAUCUUAAGGCUUGUGAAUAAAAUAUGCUUGCAAACCACGGCGAUUGCUCGAAACCUGCCAAAGUGCACUUUCUACGCACGGCGAGAUGUUAGCCAUAGUUGCUUGGAACAUCAGAAUGCUUAUGGACUUUGCAAGCAAAAUACACGCCUUUUCUAA